AUGUUGACGUCUGGCUUCGCCCAGGAUGAUUCGUGCUCAGAUGAUGGUAAUGACGAGGUCUCUGUAACGAUAACAGAUACCUUCGAUCAGAGACUGAACCGUCUCGAAGCAAUCUUGCCACGAGCCAAAGCAUACAAUGACUGGAGCAGAAAUUGGUAUGAGAACAAGGUGUUGGCCACUGAAGCUAUCAAGGAUCAAGCAAGAGCUAGACAUCUGAGGUACAUCCACUACGAUGUCAUCGUUGAGGACGCCGAGCAACAAGUUGAGGCUGCUGUGAGAGUCGGAAUGCAGCUUGAUGAAGUCAGGCCUCGCCUGGGUCUGAGAUGGGUGGUAUAG